AUGGAUCGAGGCGUAAAGCCGGGCGAGAUCCCUCCCAGAUACGAAGAGUUCCAAGUUGGUUCUGGUGGUGGCUAUCAAAAAUCCGGCUCCUCCGCCUCUGCGUGGGAUCCGAGAUACUGGUCCAAGAAAGUAUGGAUCGGCAUCGCUGCAGUCAUUGUCAUCGCCAUUGUCAUUGGCGUGGCUGUUGGCGUCACACAGGGGAAGAAGAGCUCAUAUCCCGACUAUUCCCAGCUCACCUAUACCCUAAAGGAUACAUUCCAGGGAGAAUCCUUCUUUGAUAACUUCAACUACUUCACAGGAUUCGACCCUGCCCAAGGCUUUGUGCACUACGUUCCAGAGCCUCAAGCUAAGCAGCUGAACCUCACUUUUGCAUCCCAAGAUGCUGCAGUCCUCAGAGUCGACACCUCUGUCGGCCCGGGCAGCAACCCCGAUGCUUCUACGGGUCGCUUCUCAGUGCGAGUAGAAUCCAAAAACACCUACAACAACGGCCUAUUCAUCUUUGACGUCCGUCACACUCCGUUUGGCUGCGGCACCUGGCCCGCUCUCUGGCUCACUGACCCAUCCAACUGGCCCAAGAACGGCGAGAUCGAUGUCAUGGAGGCAACGAACAAGGCCACCGACGGAAAUCAGAUGACGCUUCACACCUCCAGCGGCUGCUCCAUGGGCGUAAAGAGGAAGCAGGCGGACAAAGCCCUUCAGACCAAUUGUGAUGCCACCAAGAACGGCAACGCAGGCUGCGGCGUCCAGGGAGCAGACAGCACCUUUGGCUCGGAUUACAACAAGAAUGGAGGCGGCAUCAUGGCCAUGGAGUGGCGUGAUGCGGGUAUCCGCGUGUGGCAGUUUGCUCGCAGCGCCAUUCCCUCUGACAUUACGAGCCAGAAGCCUGAUCCGAGCACUUGGGGCGAGGCCGCGGCCGACUUUCCGAGCACAGACUGCAAUGUUGGGAAUCACUUUAGGAAUAACUCGAUUAUCCUCAACAUUGAUCUCUGCGGCGACUUGGUGUAUGGAGUUUGGGACAGUUCUGGUUGCUCCAGCAACUGUACCGACAUUGUUGCAAACCAACCCCAGUCCUUCACAGAUGCGUACUGGGAAGUUGGCAAGUUCCAAGUUUACCAGUCAUCGUAA